UUGUGGGAGUAUCCGGCUCCUCUGCAGCACCAGGGACAGCUCCGGGGGGACCCGGGACACCCGCCGGACACCGCCCGGUCAAUGUCUCUAUUAGGUCGGGGGCAGGGCGGAUCCUGUCUGGGUGGCCCAUGCAGUGUCUAGCAGCCGUAAUCAGGGACGACGGAAACAUGAGUGGAGGGGCGGAGCAAGCGGAUAUCCUGCCGGUCAGCUACGUGGUAAAAGAUCGCUGGAAGGUGCUGAAAAAAAUUGGUGGCGGUGGAUUUGGGGAAAUCUACGAGGCAAUGGAUUUGCUGACUCGGGAAAACGUCGCUCUAAAAGUAGAAUCAGCACAACAACCAAAACAAGUUCUAAAGAUGGAAGUGGCCGUGUUAAAGAAGCUGCAAGGGAAGGAUCAUGUCUGCCGGUUCAUUGGCUGUGGAAGAAAUGAGAAGUUUAACUACGUGGUGAUGCAGCUACAGGGUCGGAAUCUGGCAGACCUGCGCAGAAGUCAACCUCGCGGCACUUUCACCAUGAGCACCACGCUUCGCCUUGGCAAGCAGAUCCUGGAGUCCAUAGAUUCCAUCCAUUCGGUGGGCUUCCUGCACCGUGACAUUAAACCGUCUAACUUUGCCAUGGGGCGACUUCCAUCCACCUACAGAAAGUGUUACAUGUUGGACUUCGGCCUGGCGCGGCAGUAUACCAACACCACAGGGGAGGUGCGGCCGCCCCGCAAUGUCGCUGGAUUCAGAGGAACAGUCCGCUAUGCAUCUGUUAAUGCGCACAAGAACAGGGAGAUGGGCAGACACGACGACUUGUGGUCCCUGUUUUAUAUGUUGGUGGAAUUUGCAGUUGGUCAGCUGCCAUGGAGAAAGAUCAAAGACAAGGAACAAGUAGGGAUGAUUAAGGAGAAAUAUGACCAUCGAAUGCUGCUGAAACACAUGCCUUCCGAGUUCCACCUCUUCCUGGAGCACAUAUCUUCUCUGGACUACUUCACCAAGCCCGAUUAUCAGAUGAUCAUGACUGUAUUUGAGAACAGUAUGAAAGAGAGGGGAAUCACAGAGAAUGAGGCCUUUGACUGGGAGAAGGGUGGAACAGACAUCCUACUGUCUACCAGCACCUCCACCCCACCGCAGCAGAACACCCGGCAGACCGCUGCCAUGUUUGGGGUGGUGAAUGUGACUCCAGUGCCAGGGGAUUUAUUAAGGGAGAACACCGAAGAUGUCCUACAAGGGGAGCACCUGAGCGACCAAGAGAAUGCCCCUCCCAUCCUUCCCGGCCGGCCAGCGGACAUCACUGGACAGAUCCCCAACACCGGCUUCAAUGACACCGAGGUCUGGGAGGAGACAGAUGUGAAUCGGAAUAAGCUAAGAAUCAGUAUCAGUAAGACACAGUGCCUGAUGGAGGACGACCACAGCCGCCAUGGAUGUCCCAGCUCCCCUGUCCGGGCUCCUCCCGAAUCCCCUACUACACAGGCGCGCUCCCUCCAUUACCGGCGCAUCAACAGUCCUGAAUCCGACAGGCUAUCUACAGCGGACAGAGCCGAUCAUCAGGAGAGGAGAUCACGCAUGGACCUCCCCGCUUCUCCAUCUCGCCAGGCGUGCUCAUCGCAGCCUGCUCAAAUGUUGUCCAUUGACACGGGUCAGGUUGACCGGCAAGCUAGCGGGCGCAUGGAAGUCUCAGCAUCUGUAGAGCAAGAAGCCCUUAGUAAUGCCUUCCGCUCUGUCCCACUUGCUGAGGAGGAGGACUUUGACAGUAAGGAAUGGGUCAUCAUAGACAAAGAGACUGAGUUGAAGGACUUCCAUCCAGGAGCAGAACCAACCACCUCGGGGACAACGGAUGAAGAGCCUGAGGAGCUGCGGCCUUUGGAUGACGGGGAGGAGAGGAGAAAGACUGUGGGCGGAGAUGCUGCUGUGAGGCCUAAAGUGCACGAAGCUCGGCCUCGGACCAUGCAGACUGUAGCGGAGGAAGAGCCCUCAUCCCCACAUGAAGGUUCUGACGGCAGAGGGGAUGUUCCACCUGCAAGUCCAUCACACUCCCAUUCGGCAUCACGACAACGGAGGAGGGAGUCAGACCCCACUGGACCUCAGAGACAGGUCUUCAGCCUGAAGCACUUUGAUAUCGGUGGAAUGCCCAAGGCGGUGCCUUUAAAUUUAUCGUUUCAAGACUUCAAGAAAGAUAUUUCCGACAGUAAGGAAAUGCUGCGGGUUCCUCACAGGAUGAAGAGGGUGGACUUCUCCAGCGUGGUCCUGCCAGCCAUGCAUCCCACGGAACCCCACAUCAUCAUCAAUGGCAAGUACCCAAGGGAGGAGGAGGCUGAGGAAGAGACCGAAGAAGAAGAGGAAGAGGAAGAGGAGGAGGUUGAGUUUGUAGGUGAGGACAUUGAUCUCCAUAGUGGGUCAAGCAGCGAUGUCAGUCAGAAGAGCACAGAACGCAGUCAGGAAGGGGCUCCCUCUACGCUACUAGCAGACGAUCAAAAGGAUUCAAAAGGCAGAGCUUCCACAGCAGAGAAUGACCUAGAAUUAGAAGAAGGAUCAAAGACCUUAGUACUGUUUUCCCCUGGAGACAUGAAAAAGUCACCAGUCACCAAUGAACUGAUGCCGGACGUCGAUUUGGGAACUCUCAAUGCGCUGACCCCCCAAGGGGAGAAGCCCCAGCCUACUGGCAGUCAGUUAGAUGUGUCAGAGCCAUGGACUUUAUCUUCCAUUCUGAAAUCAGAACCAAAACCGCCAAGCACAGCUGCUGCCGCCACCGCCUCCUCCCCUUUUACCAAAGUUGAACGCACAUUUGUUCACAUUGCUGAAAAGACACACUUAAACGUUAUGUCUUCCACUGGGCAGCUGAUGAGGCUGGAGGAGAGUUCCACCCAUGGGCAGUUGGAGGAGCCCAUUAUCGAGGAGGAAUCCGAAGAGUUUGCCGCUCAGAAAGAUAUUGGCGCCAUGAACUCUUUUGUUGAAACAGCCGAAGUUGACUCGAUAAGUAACGUAAACGUUGAAGCGGAGUUUCAGGCCGACCAACCUGCCGCUAAUGGAGUUAGCGAGUCUGAAGAGCUGUUGGAGAAGGACGCCACAGACCUUGCGUUCAAAGAAGAUGACGAGCAGGAAAAGAUUGUGCUUUCCACCGAUCGCCUUAAUGAAACAGACGUUGGCACCAGCAAGAGUGUGACCCAAGCUACGGGGAUUCGCUUCAAAAGUCGCAUUCCUGUUUUCCAGUCGGAGGAAGAUACAGGAUCGGAUAAGUCAAUGUCGCAUUCAGCCAAAGAAAGGUUCCACAAGAGAACGAAGCAAAUAGACCUGGCGCGCCUUGUGAUGGAGAAGAGGCAGAUUCGGUUGCAGAGGUUGGCCUCGGCGGGCUCAUCUUCAGCGUCUUCUAGUGAUGAUCGAAGGAGAACGUCAGAAACGCUGUCCACCGCCGGAUCUGAGGAAGACACACACGAGUCAGAUGAUUCCAUCCCAAGGAAAGUUAUUAAGGAGAAAGCAAUCUCCAUGAGGAAGGAAGAGAUGACAUGCAAUACGAGAAGCAGAAUCCCUCGUCCCAUCACCCCCAUAAAAGAUAUGCGUUCUCUGCUCCCACCUUCUGCAACUGUCAGCAAGCUGAAGGAACAUGCAGUGGCAUCGAGGUAUCAGCUUCCACGAGCAGCCACAUGCGCCGCCAUUGGCCUCUCUCCUGACCACAAACCCAAAGCACUUCAUAUGCGGCUACCCCCACUUUCCAGUCCUACACCUUCAAGAACCAACGUAAGGAGGGUCAGCCGUGGGCCGCCAAAAAGCCCAGUGGUCCUCUCCCGAACACUCAGCGCUUCUCCUCAUAGCCAGUCCCUCUCCAGAACUGAAAGCCCAUCUCCAUCCCGACAGAGAAGACCAGUUGCCACAACUUCCCGAGUACACCCUCCUCCUAAACUUCCGUCCCGAGCGCAGGUCCCGGGAGAGUGCCCAGCAACCCCUGCUGUCACAAGGAAGGGACAGAGACUGAAGGUCCAAGUGCCACACUUGGCAACCAAAGCACAGCAGGGCACUAGUGACGCCAGAGGAUCGGGCAGAUAAUGGGUGGCAAGCACGGGAAUCUGGUGAAGAGCCAAAUCUGCCGUCAGCUCUGGCUCAGUCAGGGAACAUUGUGCUUCAUUCAAACCUGUAAUACGCAAUACACACAUGCUAGAGAGACGGAUCCCACAAGCAGGAAAGCAUUUCUAGCCAGGGUGCCGCCAUUUUCUUUUUCGUUUUUGGUUUGACAAGGCUGGGUGUAUCUACAACAUUUCUCUGAAUUGAAUGCCAGUAAGCACUAUAGAUUAUCCUCCCUAAGCCGCUAACUCGGAUUCUACAGAUCUCCAGCUAAAGGGCAGUGGCACAAUCAUUGUUCGGCUAUAAUAUCGUCAUUGCCUUGGUGCCGUCUCACACCAAGACUUCUCGGGAGUAGAUCUCACAUACAAUCAUUGGCGCCAAGUAACUACAGACUAAAUAUAUUCCUUAUGUACGCUGGUGUACUAUAAAUAUAUAGUAUGUGUUAAUGCUAUGCAUACAGACAUAAAGACAUUACAGGGCUUUAAUGUAUCGAGUCACAUGACCCAGGGAUACCCUAAAUUCCGACACGAUAGAACAAGCACUAUACAAUUGUCCUAAUGGUCAUUUUUUUUGCCCUGUCGAAAGUUUUGUAAACUAUUUUUGUGGGGGACGCAGUGAUAUUUAAGAGACCGCUGAGUUCAAGAGCUUAGUUGGGAAAACACGGCUGUGACCAUCGCUCACAUAUCACACUGUUAAUUAAAAAAAAAAGGCACCUCGAUAUUCCAUAGCGCAGCACAAUGUGUCCGUAACUUCAGAUUUGAGGGGUUUUCAUUGUCCUAGAAGGAGAAGAUCUCGAACUUGAGCGGAGAUUUUUUGGGGGUCCAACGGCUCGUCCAAUCUGUUUACACGUUGCAACCAGAAUGUAUAAGCCCCACACCUGUAUCUAGCCGACCCCACACGCAUGUCAUGGGGGAGGUAUCACAGACCGAUGGAGGACUGGAGGUCUCUUCGCCUCACACAGCAUCACAGAUUGUGGGGAAGAGCAUACUAUAUAAUGCUUCUUAUUACAUGAAAUCAUUCCAUUAUGUCAUCAAAUAAAGCCUGCUAUCUAAAA